AUGGAAUCGUCUUCCUAUUUAAAUUUGUCAAAUUUACCAACGUCGUUUGUUAACAAAAUUUUGGAUAUUUCUAGUGGAAAUAACUAUACACUUCGUUCAAAUAUACUAAAUUUUGAACAAUGUGACAAAUGGGUAAAUGAAUUUUCAUCACUGACUUCCACAAGUUGGAUCGUAAGAAGCUCCAAUAAAAUUAGUGAACGUUUUGUAUGCAGAAAGGAUUAUGUAUGCCAUCACAGCAGUUUCAAAAAAGUUGAUAAAGACAAAAAUCUAAAAAAAUCUAAAAAUAUGAGUUGCCCUGCUAAAAUUAGUAUUAAAGUUAAAAAAACAACUACUGAUACUGUCAAGAAGGAUAAAUAUGUUAAAGAAGGAUUAGUGGCAGAAAUUCAUAUAUUCUUUCAGCAUUCCCACACCAUAAAUACAGCAGAAGCAUUAGGCAAUCUCAGAAGUUCUGAAGAGACAAGAAAAUUAUUUGAAUGUUAUUUCAGUGAUGGACAUGGUAUUACAGAAGCCAUUAUGUACCAUGAAGGCAAAUUGGAACUUGAGGGUAAUGAAAUUGCAAUAGCUAACGCAUCAUUAAACCCUAAGUAUAGAACGGUCCAGCAUUGGCACGAUACAUGGAGACAAAAUAAUUUAGGCCCAAGAAUCGGCAUAGGUGUUUUAGAGAAGCUCAAAUCAAAAAUGUCAUCUUAUGAAAAUAAUGGAAUUAAAGUAAUGAUUAAUGAAGAUCCAUUUUCAGUUGUAAUUUGUACCCCUUUAAUGCAACGUGCACAUUCUUUGUCUUAUUCAAAAGACAUUGUAUUUGUCGAUAGUACAGCAUCGUGUGAUGCUCAUAAUCAUUCAAUUACAUUUAUGCUUACACCUUGUGCUGUUGGAGCUGUUCCGUUGGCAGUUAUAAUUACAAAGGGUCAGUCAUUUGUUGAUUAUGAAAAUGGAUUUAAAUUAGCUCAAAAAUGUUUUGGUAUUGAUGGAUUUGGUGGUCAACAAUUUCCAAAAAUAUUCAUCACAGAUGAUAGUAAAGCAGAAAGGGAAGCGUUAAAAGUAGUAUGGCCUCAAUCUAAACAAUUACUAUGCCGUUUUCAUGUUUCACAGGCAAUAUGGAGAUGGUUGUGGAAUAGCGAAAAUAAUAUUGAUAAAAGUGAUCGCCCAAUUUUAUACAAUUAUUUCAGCAAAAUGUUGACUGCGCCAACAGCUGAAAUGGCAAUUAAUGCUUAUUUGAUUGCAAUUGAUAUUAGCAAUGAGUAUGUUUUGAAAUAUCCUAAUUGGGUUAAGUAUCUUAAUUCUUAUUGGAGCCGUAAAGAAAUAUGGUGUCUUUCUUUUAGAAAUUAUGAAACCCAUGGCCAUCAAACUAAUAAUUUCAGUGAGGUAUGUGUUAGGAUUUAUAAGGAUAUAGUUUUGUCUCGAAAUAAGGCAUAUAAUGUAAUUUCCUUGAUUGAUUUCACAUGCACUGUGAUGGAACAGUAUUAUAUCCGACGCAUAAGAAAAUUUUGUAAUGGCCGAUGUAAUAUAGCACGCUUAUUUUUGAAUACAAUAAAAAGAAAAAUUGGAUACUUAGCAGUUGAAAAUAUUAAAAGUUUAGACAAUAAUAUAUUUGAUGUACCUAGUGAAAAAACAGGUGAAAUGUAUGAAGUAAAUAUAUCUUUAGGAUGCUGUACCUGUGAGAAAGGACGUUUGGGAAGUUUUUGUAAACAUCAGGGAGCUGUUUAUUUUUUUUAUGGACAAAAGUUACCAAAUAUGCCACCAGUUACGCCUGAGAGUAGACAUUCUAUGGCAAUUUUGGCUUUUGGAGAAAAUGCUUUACCAAUAUCAUUUUAUGAGUCUUUAGAAUGUAAUCUUAGUAAUGAUCUAAAUGAAAACAAAAAUACAGUAAAUUCAAAUGAAUACCAAAACGUACAAAACAAUUCAAUUUCAAUUAAUACCUAUGACAUUACAGACAAUAUGGAUUCAGAAGCCAAAAUUAAUUCAACAACAAGUGCAACUAAAUUCAAAGAAAUUAUUGAUCUUAUGACAGAACAUCACAACAAAUUUGGAUCAUCAACUGAUGCACUGCAUACCUAUUUAAAAAAAUUAACAAAUGUUAAAACAAGAACGUCUUGGGAAACAUUUUUAUCUACCAAAGGGAAACAGAUACCUCUUCGACAUGUAUCUAAAGCUAAAAUACAUGUUCAGCCAACAUCAAUAAGCCGUCGAAGGUUAGAAGUAACUAGGGGAAGCAAGAGACUAGCAGUAGGUCGGCCACCAUCAAAUGAAAAAGUUAAAAAAAAUAAACGACAGAGAUGUUUACAAAUUAAUGUUAAAAUGAAUCAACCAAAUGCUAAAUCCCAUGGAACUAGUCAUUAA